AUGGACCUCCUCUUGUUGGAGAAGUCUCUAAUCGCCGUCUUCGCGGCGGUGGUUUUCGCAACCGUGAUUUCCAAGCUCCGCGGCAAGAAAUUGAAGUUACCUCCUGGUCCGAUACCGAUUCCGGUGUUCGGAAACUGGCUUCAAGUCGGAGAUGAUCUCAACCACCGUAAUCUCGUCGAUUACGCUAAAAAAUUCGGCGAUCUCUUUCUCUUACGGAUGGGUCAGCGUAACCUAGUGGUCGUCUCUUCCCCGGAUCUGACCAAGGAAGUGCUCCACACACAAGGCGUAGAGUUUGGAUCUAGAACCAGAAACGUCGUCUUCGACAUUUUCACCGGAAAAGGACAAGAUAUGGUGUUCACUGUGUACGGAGAGCACUGGAGGAAGAUGCGAAGGAUCAUGACGGUUCCGUUUUUCACCAACAAGGUUGUUCAGCAGAAUCGUGAAGGAUGGGAAUUCGAAGCGGCGAGUGUUGUCGAAGAUGUGAAGAAGAAUCCAGAUUCCGUUACCAAAGGAAUCGUGUUGAGGAAACGUUUGCAAUUGAUGAUGUAUAACAAUAUGUUCCGUAUCAUGUUCGAUAGAAGGUUCGAUAGCGAGGAUGAUCCUCUUUUCCUUAGGCUUAAGGCUUUGAACGGUGAGAGAAGUCGAUUAGCUCAGAGCUUUGAGUAUAACUAUGGCGAUUUCAUUCCUAUCCUUAGACCAUUCCUAAGAGGUUAUUUGAAGAUCUGUCAAGAAGUGAAAGACCGAAGACUAGAGCUCUUCAAAAAGUAUUUUGUUGACGAGAGGAAGCAAAUUGCGAGUGCUAAGCCUACAGGAAACGAUGGAUUGAAAUGCGCCAUUGAUCAUAUCCUUGAAGCUCAGCAAAAGGGAGAAAUCAAUGAAGACAAUGUUCUUUACAUCGUCGAGAACAUCAACGUCGCAGCGAUUGAGACAACAUUGUGGUCGAUCGAGUGGGGAAUUGCGGAGCUAGUGAACCAUCCUGAGAUCCAGAGCAAGCUAAGGAACGAAAUUGACACGGUUCUUGGACCGGGCGUUCAAGUCACAGAGCCUGAGCUUCACAAGCUUCCAUACCUCCAAGCAGUGAUCAAGGAGACGCUUCGUCUAAGAAUGGCUAUUCCUCUCCUCGUGCCUCACAUGAACCUCAACGAUGCUAAGCUCGCUGGCUACGACAUCCCAGCGGAAAGCAAAAUCCUGGUGAAUGCUUGGUGGCUAGCAAACAACCCUAGCAGCUGGAAGAAACCUGAAGAGUUUAGACCCGAGAGGUUCUUUGAAGAAGAAGCCCACGUUGAAGCCAACGGUAAUGACUUCAGGUAUGUGCCGUUUGGUGUUGGACGUAGAAGCUGUCCCGGGAUUAUCUUGGCAUUGCCCAUUUUGGGAAUCACCAUUGGUAGGUUGGUCCAGAACUUCGAGCUUCUUCCUCCUCCAGGACAGUCUAAAGUGGAUACAUCUGAGAAAGGUGGACAGUUCAGCUUGCACAUCCUUAACCACUCCGUAAUCGUUAUGAAACCAAGAGCCUUUUAA